GCUAGGGAUCGCAGCAGCGCUUGGGGGAGGUGCGGCCUGGUAGGAGCGACAGGUCCGGGCAGCGCUCGGUGGUUGGCACCGGUUCGCGCACCCAUUCGAGCAGCAGGACGCACUUGUCCCAGCAGUUCUCUCUGACCGAGCUGUAGCUGCGGCCUCUGCGCUCCCUCAUCCUUGAGCUCAUCAGCCAACGUCCUGGCGUCCGACCUCGCCAUGCCUAGCCUUUGGGACCGCUUCUCUUCGUCAUCCUCCUCUUCUUCAGUCUCGUCCCGAACUCCCACCCCAAAUCGGCAGCCGCGCUCGCCCUGGGGGUCGACGGCCCGAGGUGAGGGGCUUGACCGGUGCGCGAGCCUGGAGAGCUCGGACUGCGAGUCUCUGGACAGUAGUAACAGUGGCUUCGGGCUGGAGGAAGACUCCGUAUACCUAGACGGGGUGUCGCUGCCCGACUUCGAGCUGCUCAGCGACCCCGAGGAUGAACACCUGUGCGCCAGCCUGAUGCAGCUGCUGCAGGAGAGCCUGUCCCAGGCACGCCUGGGCUCUCGGCGCCCCGCGCGCCUGCUGAUGCCCAGUCAGCUGGUGAGCCAGGUGGGCAAGGAACUCCUGCGCCUGGCGUACAGCGAGCCGUGCGGCCUGCGGGGGGCGCUGCUGGACGUCUGCGUGGAGCAGGGCAAGAGCUGCCACAAUGUGGGCCAACUGGCCCUCGACCCUAGCCUGGUGCCCACCUUCCAGCUGACCCUCGUGCUGCGCCUGGACUCUCGCCUCUGGCCCAAGAUCCAGGGGCUGUUCUCCGCCAACUCUCCCUUCGUCCCCGGUUUCAGCCAGUCCCUGACGCUGAGCACCGGCUUCCGAGUCAUCAAGAAGAAGCUGUACAGCUCCGAGCAGCUACUCAUUGAAGAGUGUUGAACUUCAGCCUGAGGGGGCCGCACUCGUCCCCAUGGCAUAGAGAAGGGAACUUUUGGGGGGGAUGGAGACCAGCAGUCCAGGACUGAGGGACUGAUGCCUGUGUUAGCAAACUGACAACAGCCGCCUGAGGGGCCGAGGUUGAGCUAGGGAAGUGUUUGUGAAGAAGCUGGCGCUGAGUUGGGUCGCAGGUGGCUCUCUAUUUGGGGCACAUGCCCUUAGUACUGUAGCAUGAAACAAAGGCUUUGGAGCCCCCCGGGCUUCUGGCUGGAUGUGUAUGUAGCAUGUACCUUAUUAUUUUUGUUAUUACUGAUAGUUAACAGCAGUGGUUAGAGCGGGGAGGCAGCUGGGCUGCACUGGCCUCUGCAAGGGGUGUGUGCCCCUGGUAGCCACCAGGAGGCGGGGAGGGUUGAGGAGGUGGCUUGUAUAUCUCAUGGUCUGAAGGGACCAAGUGUGUUUGUUGGUUGUUUUGUAUCUUUUGUUUGGGGGACGGGAGCUUCACUACUGACCUGUUGUAGGCAGCGAUCUUACAGACGCAUGAAUGUAAGAGUUAGGAAGGGGUGGGUGUUGGGAUCACUUCAGAUCUUUGACACUUGAAGAAAAUAAACAUAACACCUAGGAGCUGCGUCCAACCCAUCCUCCCCUGCCAUGGAGUGGGAGAGGAGCUGUGAGGGGAUGGGGCUGCGUGGGGCUCGGGGGCUGGAACCCCCUUCCCCACAGGAGUGCCACCUGGGUCUUCCAUCUAGAACUGUUUACAUGAAAAUAUUCACUGUUCAUGAAUACACUUGAUGUUCAAGUAUUAAGUCCUAUGCAAUAUUUUUUACUUUUCUAAUAAACAUGUUUGUUAAAA